CGCCAGCGCAACAAGGCAGCAAACCGUCAGAGGUGUUUGGUGUUUCUAGAUAGAAGAGUGGUGUAUGGAGGAAACUGGUGUUGGUACGCGGACCGAAUGACUUUUAUGUGCUAAUUUAUAGAUUUAAGUGUUUUAUAUAAACUUAAAAACGAAUGCCGCAUCAAUUUAUUAUCUAAAUUUGUGAUAUCGUUGGAUCGUAUGAGGCGUAUCCUCUUAUAGCAUCAGUGAUUAGUUUUAACACCUAUCAAAUUAUUGGCGAAGCAAUCGCCGAUCGAGUCCCCGGAGAAUCGUCGAAAGCGGCGAAUAAUCAUUCUGCUUUAAAAAAUAAUACGAUCUAAUAAAAUGACGGAUACGAGCCAGGCGGAGCAACCGCCCCAAACCAACGGUAUUUCCGAUUUAGAAGACGACGAAAAAGCCAAAAUGCGACCGGUUGAUAUAGACGCAGACGUUAGAGAAAUGGAACGUAGAAAAAGGGUCGAAAUGAUCAUGAAUAGUAAAUUAUUCAGAGAGGAGCUCGAGAGGAUUUUAGAUUCGCAGUUAAAAGAUGGUUCUGGUCCAAGCGGUCUUUUGCAACAAAUCUCCGAUAUGGUAGGAGUGAAUAGACAAGGCGGUAACGUCUUUAAAAGCUCUAGUUGCGUGAUACCCGUCAAUGAUAUUAGAGGAAUCGAAGCUAUGGGAUACGCCAAAGGUGAAAAAAUACUCAGAUGUAAGCUGGCCUGUCUUUACAGGUUAAUAGACUUGUACGGGUGGUCCUACGGCUCAAGUACACUCAUCACAGCCAGAUUGAAUCAAGACGACGAACAAUUUUUGGUAAAUCCUUACGGUAUGUUGUUUCACGAAAUGACAGCUUCGAGUUUAAUCAAAGUUGAUAUGCAAGGAUCCGUAAUCGAACAAGGCACAACAAAUUUUUCCGUUAACAUAACGGCUUAUUCGCUACACGCUGCCGUACAUUCCGCCAGACCAGACAUCAAAUGCAUCAUCCACGUACAUACGCCUUCUGUCGUUGCUGUUUCUUCGCUCAAACAAGGACUCAUGCCGUUGAGUCAAGAAUCAGUCGUUAUCGGCGAAGUGAGUACACAUAUGUACCUGGGCGGUAUACUUGAUCCGGAAGAAAAAGACAAAUUAGCUAGAAACUUAGGACCGAUCAAUAAAGUGUUGUUGUUGACUAACCAAGGGGCGUUAUGUUGCGGAGAAACGAUCGAGGAAGCCUUCUUCAAUGCCAGAAAUACCGUACUGGCGUCGGAAUCGCAGCUCAAAUUACUUCCAAUCGGUAUUGAUAAUUUGAUAUUGAUAAAUGACGAAGUUAGAAAAAAAAUUUACGAUUCGGCGCACAAAGCACCAGAAAGCACACCGAGACCCGAUCAACCUUCCAUUCUCGAAGGAAAAGUUGAAAGAAAAUGGCGAGUAGGGGGCGUCGAAUUCGAAGCGCUUAUGAGAAUGUUGGACAACGCCGGUUUCAGGACCGGUUACAUUUACAGGCAUCCGUUGGUUAAAGGGGAACCGCCGAAACCAAAAAACGACGUCGAAGUACCUCCGGCAGUUUCCUCCCUCGGAUAUUUAUUGGAAGAAGAAGAACUAUACAGACAAGGACUUUGGAGAAAACUGGAAGGCGGUAGAAAAGGACACGAUCGCAGUAGAUGGUUGAAUUCGCCCAACACGUAUCAGAAGGUUGAAAUUUUGGAAACCGGCACGCCGGAUCCCAAGAAAAUCACAAAGUGGGUAGCUGAAGUAUCCCCAAGCCAUUCGAGCACGCCAGUUAAAAUCGAUUCUGCCCUUCAAUUCGUUCCAAAAGGCACUAAUCCAAAGGAAUUCAAACAAAAACAACAACAGAUAAAAGACUAUAGACGAGCUGACAAAAUAUCCGCCGGUCCCCAAUCGCACAUAUUGGAAGGAGUGACAUGGGAAGAAGCGAAGAAAAUGCAAGACGCUACGGUGACCCAAACCGGCGAUCACGUAGUACUUAUGGGAGCCGCUUCCAAAGGUAUCAUUCAAAGGGGUCAUCAACAUAACGCCAUGGUAUACAAAUCACCUUAUGCCAAAAAUCCUUUCGAUAGCGUCACCGACGAAGAACUCAACGAAUACAGGAAGGUGGUAGAGAAAAAAGCUAAAGGAGAAUAUGAUACCGAUUACAGUGAGUCCGAAGGCCUUUCCUCUGCCGCUUUGAAUAAAAGGAUGGAAGAUAUCCAAAUUAGAUCUCCUACAUCGGUGACUAGUGAAACGGAAGAAGAAAGUCGAGACGAGCCUCAAAUUUUGCGAAUAGAAACUAAAACCGUACCCAAACCUAGUCAACCUGAAGUUGUACUAAGCGAUGGGGUGAGUAAAGCAAAGAAGUGAAAUUUAGAUCCUCACUUACAAUAUUAUCGAUCGAACAGUCACGGGGGGUUCCCGAAAGGUUCUUAUAUGGAUCCGAAUCCGGUUCAUUAUCACAUCGUUAAAGAAAAACUCGUAGCGAUACGACGACGUCCUUUAAUCGUAUCGUUAACAUCCGACAAUAAUAAUAAUCGAAACGACAAUCAAGAAUCAUCGGUUACGAUCGAUUUGGGAAAUUCCAAUUCGAUUUCUUUGAAUAUGUCGUUGGAUACUUUACGAGGAUUCAUAAUACCGUUCGCUUCCGCUCUAAAUCUACGUUGUGUUCCAAUUUACAACGAUCGAGGAUCGCAAACUUCCUAUUUAAGCGAAGUCAAUUUGUAUUCGAAUCGGUUCGUUACCGAACGCGAUGAAACGACGUCGUUCGAAAGGAAAAUAUUGGACAACAUGCAAAAACAGAUGUUGGACGAUAAAACCGAUAGCGAAUCAUCGGAAAAUAUCGUCGAAUUUAACGAAAACGAUCAACGCGAUAACGAAAGUUUGAUCGAAAUAACGCCGGAAGUAGUUAAUUUAGUAUCCGGUACGGAAAUCGAUGAUUUUAUGGAUAAAUUACAACAAAUGACGCAUAAUCAUUUGGAAUUAGCCGAAGACGUUCUAAACGGAGCUAAAGAUAUAUUGAAAAGGAUCUCGGAGGAUAAUUCGAUGAUUAUCAGUUUAGACGAAGGCAUCGAAGAUUGUACUAUAACAAACAAAACUUUCGAAGACGAUAUCAGUACUUUUACGGUUAAAGAUAUUAAUUUAAACGAAAACACCGAAGAAAUUAUCGAUAAUAUAACGGAUUUAGUGGUCGAAUAUUUGAUCGAACAAUGUUUCGAGGUAAAAGAACUUAUUUUAUUCCCCGAAUUGUUGCACGAUCCCAAAUUGGAUAAACUACUGGAUAAAAUGCUUACUACUUAUACGGAAUUUAGUAAAAACGAUCCGAACGAUACCGAUAAAAACGUUUUACGCGUCAACUUAUCGACUGGUAUAUUAAAAAAAUUGGAAAUCGACGAAAAAUUGAAUAAUUCCGACGAUUCUGCUACUUCUAAUACCGUAUCCGAUAAAAUUUUCACCGUAUCCGAAUUUUUGAACGAUAUUUUAGAUCGUUUUUUCGAUAAAUUGGAAAACUGUAGGGAAUUUACAACUUUUUCGAAACCUUUAAGCGAAAUUUUGCAUUCCACGCCGGAAAUUUCGCCGAAAAAAUUCCUCGACGACGAAGUUGUAGUGGAAGUUACUACUUUUAAAAAAAAAUCUCCUACUAAAUCGGGUUCCGAGGUAUUCUGGAUGACGGUAUCGCCGAAGGUGUCCGAUAAAAAGGAAACCGCUUCUCCGGAAGUUGUAUUGAACGUGGACGAUAUUCCUUUGAAACCACCGGAGGAUUUCGAAAGGAUUCUAUCGCCUAUUCCCGAAGAACCGAGAUCGAAUUUGUUCGGUAGUUGUUUGACCGAAGAGGAUUUAGAUUUCGAUGAUAGUUACGUUAAUAUCGAAGAAGAAGAAGUUACUACGGUUUUGAGUAACAAAGUUAAUUUUCAUCGGAGUCUAACUGUUAAUAGGAGCGCGUAUAUUAAAGCGAAAACCGUUUCGAUGAGGCGUAGUUCGGAAAAUAAGGAAAACGAAAGCGGGGAUUGGAUGGGAUACGAAGACGCCAGAUUUUAAUUCGAUUCCGUACAGUUUUAUUUUUCAGAAUUUUGUAUUGUUUUAGUUAUUUUUUUUUUAAUAAAUUUAAGAUACAAAAAAAA